AGCCUUCGGUGCGCCGCACCCGAUCUCUACGACUGCCGGCUGUUCGACCCCCGUCUUCACCAUGUCGCUCUUCACUGCCGUCACCUUUGACUUUGGAUCGGACCGUAGCCAUCGUUUGGUCGAGAUGAGCAGCGACUUCUACUACGAGGGAUAUCGAUAUUAUUAUUAUCCAGCAUAUCUCUACGCCCGGGAGGGCUGAGUCUUGGGCUCUCCCGGGCUAUGACCUCGAUGCCGAGCAUGGCAUGUUCGAGGAAACGACCCAUCUCGUCUGGCCGACUUCAGGCCUUGACACCCAUGGCUGAGAAGGCGGCACGGAGGCUCAUGAUUGCGUGUCGGCAGCUUUGUGAGGCUUUAUCCAAAGCUGGCCCAAUUCAGCGGCAAAAGAUCAUCACCAGCCUCAGCCAGGGCCUGAGGCAGGAAUUGAUCUCCUUGCGCGAGGCGCAGCGGAAUCGAGUGCCAGAUGUGCUCAGGACAUCCGUGAGGAGGGGCUUGGCACGACUUCGGGGCAACAUUUGGUGUGUCAAGACUGCUGCAGGAUGCUAUCAUCGAGUCCGGCUGACUCUCAACGGUGUAGCGGUCACGUCCGGGCGCAUCAUCACGCGCCCGGAGGCCUCACAGCUGCUCCGCCGGCUCCGUGGCGCAGCGCAGAGCGCCGAGCCAGAUGGACCUGAAGCGGUCUUGCGAGCUCUGGAUGCUGUAGGUUGCCAUGCCGCAAGCGAGGAUGGACUGGGCCUUUCAUAUCAGGUGGUGCUGGAUGCCCGAAGCUCGGUGGGCAAGCGGCUUCACAGCCCCAGCUGUUCCGUGGAAGAGGUAAUUGCGCUGAGACGCCAGGUCUCCGACUUGGUGGAUGCUGGCCCCAUAAAGCUGGCACAAACCUGGUUGCGCUGGUCGCAGGAACAUCGGCACUGCAAGGGGCGUCGAUGGCGAUGGUCCAAGGAGAAGGCGGAAAGCAUUUUCUCCGAGAUGAAGCACAGCUCGAAGGCCCAACAUGCUGGACGCAUGGCGAAGAGCCUUGAGCUGAAAGCCCAAAGAGCCGAGAAGGCUAUGCAAGAGGUCGCUCGCGUGAGCGAUGCCGUGAGCACUGCGAAGCGCCGUUGGCUACCCUUGGGUGAAGCUCCUGGUUUGCUGGAGGCCGUGGAGCCAUGCAUGAGGCAGUUGGCUCGAGUGGAGCCCAGCACGCAUGGACCGCACGAGAUCAUGACAGUCACUUGUUGAGACGAUGUGCCCACCGGUCCAUGCGACGAGCUUGGCCCGGCGAAAGAGGUAGGAGGGCAGAUGAAGGCAGAUGAGGGCUGAUGAGCGAAA